AUGUGUGUGUACUGGUGCUCUGGUCACGUCCAGGUAGAUCCAGGGAAGUCGUCAGGGGAAUCUGGAGCAAGUCGUGGCCGCUCCUGCGCGAGCCGAGGGACGGCAGAAUUCGUCAAGCCCUCAACGAGUCUGACGCGCCGCGAGAUGAUCGCCGCCGUCAGGAAGGUCACCAUGGGCGCGUGCGCGCGCACCCCGGCGGAGCCCUCGACCGCAGACACCGUGUCCCCCACGCCCUCGAGAGUCACUGCCCUGUCACACCUACGGGAGCUCGUGAGCGGGAGGAGCUUCCAGCUGGACGACUUCGACCUCAGGGCCACCGUCGGUGUUGGCACCUUCGGCCGCGUCCGUGUGGUGAAGGUGAAGGGCAGCGCCGACAGGACGCCCCUCGCGCUGAAGAUCAUGAAGAAGAGCGAAGUGUUGCGGCUCAAGCAGCUGGAACAUGUGAAGGCCGAGACAGCCAUCCUCGCGAAGAUCCAUCACCCCUUUAUUGUCAACCUCCUGGCAACGUUUCAGGAUGAGACCAGGCUUUAUUUGGUACUGGAGUAUGUCAACGGAGGUGAGCUGUUCUCACGCCUCCGGAACGAGGGGAGAUUACCCGAGCUCGAGGCCCGCUUUGAUUCCGCAGAAAUUUGCCUCGCCUUCGAAUACCUCCAUUCGAAGAACGUCAUCUACAGGGACCUGAAACCAGAGAACCUGCUGAUUGACAGCGACGGCUUCAUCAAGGUGACCGACUUCGGGUUCGCCAAGGUGAUAGAAGACCGAACGUGGACAUUGUGCGGCACUCCAGAGUAUCUGGCGCCCGAGAUCAUACAGUCCAAGGGCCACGGGAAGGGGGUGGACUGGUGGGCCUUGGGCGUCCUCAUCUUCGAGAUGCUCGCAGGCUACCCACCCUUUUAUGACGAGAAUGCCUUCGGCAUCUACCAGAAGGUUCUGAAAGGCACUGUGGACUUCCCACGGCAUUUCGACAUGAAGGUGCAAUCGCUCGUCAAGCGCUUGCUGACCCAUGAUCGCUCCAAGCGCUACGGCUGCCUAAAGGGCGGCGUGGAGGAUAUCAAAGGGCAUAAGUGGUACAAAGGCUUCGACUGGGAGAUGCUGCUGUCUCGCCAGUUGAAGCCGUUGUACGUUCCGAAGCUGAAGGCUGCGGACGACACGUCCAUGUUCGACCGCUACCCUGAGAGCACGGAGGCCUCUGCCCAGGCCGUCUCCGCAAGCGACCAGCAGCGGUUCGACGGCUUCAUUGUUGAUGUAGAUCUCCACUAG